AUGCACUCCGGGAACAGCACGGGCACGACGAGCCGCCUGGAGCCCACGGCGGCCGAACAGGAGGCGCCGGGCGAGCGGCCCCUCUUCAGCGCCGGCACCUACGAGCUGCUGGCGCUGCUCAUCGCCACCAUCGGCAUGCUGGGCUUGUGCAACAACUUGCUGGUGCUGGUGCUCUACUACAAGUUCAAGCGGCUCCGCACGCCCACCAACCUUUUCCUCGUCAACAUCAGCCUCAGCGACCUGCUGGUGUCCGUCUUCGGCGUGAGCCUCACCUUCAUGUCCUGCCUGAGGAGCCGCUGGGUGUGGGACGCGGCCGGCUGCGUCUGGGACGGCUUCAGCAACAGCCUCUUCGGAAUUGUUUCAAUUAUGACUCUCACUGUUCUUGCUUAUGAGCGCUACAUUCGAGUAGUCCAUGCAAAAGUGAUUGACUUCUCUUGGUCUUGGCGAGCUAUCACAUACAUCUGGCUCUAUUCAUUAGCCUGGACUGGAGCGCCUCUUUUGGGCUGGAACAGAUACACACUGGAAAUUCAUGGAUUAGGUUGCUCAGUGGACUGGAAGUCAAAAGACCCCAAUGAUACCUCUUUCGUGCUCUUUUUUUUCCUUGGCUGUCUAGUAGCACCUGUUGGGAUCAUGGCCUAUUGCUAUGGCCAUAUUCUAUAUGCAGUGAGGAUGCUUCGCUGUGUAGAAGAUUUUCAGACUGUUCAAGUGAUCAAACUUCUAAAAUAUGAAAAGAAGGUGGCUAAAAUGUGUUUCUUAAUGAUUUCCACAUUCCUUAUUUGUUGGAUGCCUUAUGCAGUGGUCUCCUUGUUGGUAACAUAUGGCUAUGGAAACCUUGUAACUCCAACAGUAGCUAUCAUCCCAUCCUUCUUUGCUAAGUCAAGCACUGCUUAUAAUCCAGUCAUCUACAUCUUCAUGAGUAGAAAGUUUCGACGAUGCCUUCUGCAACUCCUGUGCUUUCGCCUGAUGAGAUUCCAAAGAGCAGAGAAAGAGACACCAGCAACAGGGAACGACAAACCAAUAAGACCAAUAGUUAUGUCUCAGAAAGUAGGGGACAGGCCAAAGAAGAAAGUGACUUUCAGCUCUUCCUCUAUCAUUUUUAUUAUCACUAGUGAUGACACUCAGGAAAUAGACAACAACAGUAAACACAGUGGGACAAAAGUAAAUGUCAUCCAGGUAAAGCCACUAUAG